CUCCCAGAAGUGCUGGGAUUACAGGCGUGAGCCACCGCACCCGGCCCCGAUCAGCCUUUUAAAAUCUCCCCGUGUUUCAUUUCUAUUUACACUUGCACAAUGAUGCGCCUGUCCUAGAAAACUGGAGUCAACAGCAGAGCAGCCCGGCUGGCGCCCUGCUGCCCGAGUGGGCCGCCUCAGCGCAGCGGGCCGUGCUUGCCGCCUUCCCCCUUUGCCUGUGUGAUUGUAGGAGCGUGUGGCUGUCCUGGCUGCUGUUUUGUAACCACCCCCCCAUGCUGUGAGCAUCUGCUCCUGGCGUUAAAUAUUCAUGUCGGCAGCAUCUCGCGAGGCUCCCUGGCAGCCUUGGGUGGAGCCAGCGGCUGGGCCCUUCUUGUUGGGCUCUCGGAUUGGGCCCAUGGGCUGCUUUGCAUGCACGGGCUGGAGGGCCUGGCUGAGCACCUCAUCCCAGAACCAGCUCUGCCUGGCAGGGCCCAGCCUUGCACCUGGCCGCAAAGGUGCAUCUGGUUCAGCAGCGCCUGUGCCUUGGUCCUGUGGCCCGUGGGUGCCGGGCAGUCCACGAAACCGUCCCCCUCGGGGAACUUCAUGCUUCAGUGGCCCAACAAGAAGGAGCAGCAGAGUGAUGCAGGGAAACUGAGUCGAUCCUUGGAGGAAGAAGUCCCACAGAACAACGAGAAGCUUCAGGAGAGCCCGUGCAUCUUCGCGUUGACGCCAAGACAGGUGGAGUUGAUCCGGAACUCCAGAGAACUGCAGCCCGGAGUUAAAGCCGUGCAGGUCGUCCUGAGCGGCCUAGCCCCUCCUGUGCGCCCACUCCUGCCGCCCCAUGGUCCCUGUUGUCGUUGCAGAAUCUGUUACUCAGACACCAGCUGCCCUCAGGAGGACCAGUACCCGCCCAACAUCGCUGUGAAGGUCAACCACAGCUACUGCUCAGUCCCGGGCUACUACCCCUCCAAUAAGCCUGGGGUGGAACCCAAGAGGCCGUGCCGCCCCAUCAACCUCACCCACCUCAUGUACCUGUCCUCGGCCACCAACCGCAUCACCGUCACCUGGGGGAACUACGGCAAGAGCUACUCCGUGGCCCUGUACCUGGUUCGGCAGUUGACCUCGUCAGAGCUGCUGCAGAGGCUGAAGACCAUUGGGGUGAAGCACCCGGAGCUGUGCAAGGCACUGGUCAAGGAGAAGCUGCGCCUCGAUCCCGACAGCGAGAUCGCCACCACUGGUGUGCGGGUGUCCCUCAUCUGCCCGCUGGUGAAGAUGCGGCUCUCUGUGCCCUGCCGGGCAGAGACCUGCGCCCACCUGCAGUGCUUCGACGCCGUCUUCUACCUGCAGAUGAAUGAGAAGAAGCCCACCUGGAUGUGCCCCGUGUGCGACAAGCCAGCCCCCUACGACCAGCUCAUCAUCGAUGGGCUCCUCUCGAAGAUCCUGAGCGAGUGUGAGGACGCCGACGAGAUCGAGUACCUGGUGGACGGGUCGUGGUGCCCAAUCCGCGCCGAAAAGGAGCGCAGCUGCAGCCCGCAGGGCGCCAUCCUCGUGCUGGGUGAGUGCCUCGCCACCACCAACCGCGCAGUCCCCAGCCAGGGCCGCCUCAGUUUCCCCAUUUAUCAGUGGUUGCAUCCUAAGUACCUGCACCCUGUCGCUGUCACCCGCAGGCCCCUCGGAUGCCAAUGGGCUCCUGCCUGCCCCCAGCGUCAACGGGAGCAGUGCCCUGGGCAGCACGGGUGGCGGCGGCCCGGUGAGCGGCGUGGAGAAUGGAAAGCCGGGCGCCGACGUGGUGGACCUCACGCUGGACAGCUCAUCGUCCUCAGAGGAUGAGGAGGAAGAGGAAGAGGAGGAGGAGGAGGACGACGAAGAGGGCCCCCGGCCCAAGCGCCGCUGCCCCUUCCAGAAGGGCCUGGUGCCGGCCUGCUGACCCCGGCCGCACACUCGACUUUCCUGGUGCUCACCACGCAGAGGGGCGCGGGCCAGCCUCAGGCACAGAGGGAGGAGUGACCUUUCUUGUUCUUUUUCUUGUCGUUCCUUUUGUUUUUCCACCCCUUUGCCUGGCUCCUGGCACCUGUACCUCUGGACUCUCCUAUGGGGGAUUAAAAAAAAAGUAAAAUGACAAAAAAAGAUACAAAAAAGAAAAAUGAAACAAAAAAGUCAAACUCUUAAAAACAAGGCCGGCCACCCACACAGCCACCUCCCCGGCUAGAGUCCGAGCCGGGAAGGGGUAGUGGGCGGGAGGGACCAGGACGCUGCCCCGCGCCCUCCCCUCCGGAUGCCCAGCUGCCCGCCACCCUCUUCCCACGACCAUUCCAGCCGGUGCGCAGGGCCCCGGGCGGCGGGCGGCAGGGCACAGCCCCUCUCUGGCGACCACUUUGACGUUUGUCUCUUCCUUUGCUUUUUCUCUGCAAACACAUCCUCACCCAGAGACCCUCACGCACCGAGCAACGAGCGUUGUAGCCAAGAAGCCAUGGAGUGGGUUGGGGCCGGGAGGGGCAGUGGGGCGGGGGGAUGGGCGGGCAGGAUUGGGGGACGGUGGGCGGCUGGGGAGGGUUUAGCCACAGAUGUGUUGUAUUUUUUGAAAGUGCAAUAAUUUGGUAUUUUGAAGACCCGGCGUGUGGCCAGGAACCCCCGGGGAAGGCGGGGGCCCAGGGUGCGGCACCGUGUGGCGUGGGGGGGUCUCAGUUUUCUAGCCAGCUACCUCGGUAACUCCAAUUCAGGUUAACUUCCCUACGGAACAGCACAGAUGUCCACAGAUGUCCACAGCUGCCGCCGCCGCUGCCGCCACCAUGCCCCAGUCCUUGGGGCACGGGGGGUGGUCGCUUCCCAAGGGGCAGCAGGGACUCCGGCCACCCCAGCUCUUGUUUGGGUUGAUUCCUCUCCUUUUUGCUCUUGGUUUUCCGACGGGUACGAGGCUGGCACCCUGUCCCCCGGGAGCCUUGCUUUUCCAGCAGGACCAGACCAGGGGCCUCCCUCCUGUCCCCAGGGGUUCCCGGCCCUUCGCAGGCCCCACCCAUGCCCUUGGCCUCAGGGUCCAACAACUGGGGGCGCUUCCGGGGCUCUGCCUCCAGGAUCCCGCAGCUGGGCACCCCCCUCGCCCCCCAGGAGACCGGGGCACAGGCAGGGCACCGACCUUACCUGGUUCUCCAGACCUGCUGCCUGCGGUCUGUUUUGCUUUUAUCCUCCCCAGCCCAGAAUUUUCCUUUGUAUAAACAGAACUCCUAGUCAGGAAGCAAUAUCAUUUCAGGUCUAAAGAAAGGGAUGUGCAUCUGGCCGAGGGCAGUUCAGUCUCGCUGCAGAGCCCGCAGCCCGCUGCGCAGCUCGGCCCCUCCCGCCCGCACGGGCAGCUGAAGGCCGCUGUUUUCUAAUAUUUGUAUUCUAAUUUAAUUGUUUUUAAAAAAUGCAAAUAAAAAAGGUCGAGGUGAAGCCACCCAGG